AGUGUUUUUUCCGUGUUUUCACCCAGAAUAUUCUUUUUAAAUUGUCUCAGUACCAUAUAAAUGUUCUUUUGUAAGGUUUUUACAAAUACUUUAUCACUGUAUAUAUUAUGGUUCAACGAGUGGUCGCUCAAAUCUUAAAGUAGUCUUUUUUUUGUCUAUCUCAAAGACAAAUCUCAUUUUAACGUCACUUUUACGAACAUUAUAUUCAUAAUAAUAUUAAUGUUGUGGCUGAAUACAAAGACCAGCCUUUAAAUGGUCGACCAGUACACUGGAUUAUUUUUGGUGUUUUUCUCCAAAAGAGGAGGUGCACACAGUCUUCUUUGUCACUUCGGUACGCGUGUGCAUUUGGAGCGUAAACACUUCCUCAGCAGAGGAAUGAUGGGAAGUUCGGCUGACCAAUCAGAGAGAGGCUGAGCAGUCACACCAGCAGCAGCAGCGGCGGCAGCAUCAGUGUGUGAGUGUGUGUUAGGGUGAGUGUGUGUCGGUGAGGGGGGGGUAAAAUCUGGACAGCCGCUCUGUUGUUGUGAAUAGUUCCCUCUGCAGGCGGACACACACAGGGCCGCCGUGCGUCCUCCUCUGUUUGUGAGCCUCCCGUCGUCUCCAUGUGCUUGUUACCUGAUGGAAGCGGAGGUGCUGAGUCCCAGGCCGAUGAUGGCAGAUGUCAACGGCAACAAUAAGAUGACCAACGCGGAGUUGGAGGUGCUGAAGCUGCAGGAGCUGGUGCGAAAAUUGGAGAAGCAAAAUGAACAAUUGCGCACCAGGGCCAACGCUGUAAACAAUUGCUCUUCCGGCGGCCCUCACCCUCACCCUCUCCCUCACCAUCUCCACAAUCAGCAGCAGCAGCAUCUCCAUCACAUACAUCCAGAUGAUGACUGUCUGAGUGGCACUUUCCCCAGUAAAUAUAACAUAUCCAGUCCUAUUCGGUCCCUUUCGUCUGCGCUCGAAACCCGGAGUCCGUCAGAGGAGCCGUUCUCUUAUUUCCAGCCGAGCUCCGCGUCUCCUGAUGCCGCUGAGGAGCAGAGAGGAGCUGCUGCUGUAGGAGCUGCGGACACCACUGUUCUGGAUGAGGUUGAUAUUCUGGACCUGAACGUCGUGCUCCCAGUUGGAGAACCUGAUAGCUGGUUGUACGUGAGUAACAAAUCCAAACAGCGCUGUGAGAGCAUCCUCACUCCUCUGCAGUGGUGCAGGAAGGUUCUGGACCACCCAGGACCAGAGGUGGAGCUGGCCAGGAUGACCCUCGGUCACAGACUGGACCAAGCUAAGCGUAGGCGAGGACUCUCCUCCAUCCGUCCCUUCAGCUGUAUUGAAGGUCUCUCCACCCUCAGCUGUCCUGUCCUGCCUUACACUAAAUCUGCUUCACUAACAGAGUCUCCAGCUCCGGUGGCAUCACCAGAUCAGCCCAGUGCUCCAAUCAGAACCAGCAACAGUCUGAGUGAGAGAGCUUCAACCUUCCUAUCCAACACCGCCCUCCACAGCUCUGCUCGCAGACAUGCAGCCCUCAGCCCUCAGUCUUCCCUGGACAGUGACGCUGGUGUGUCAGACCUGGACAACGAAACCAUCUCUAUGGGCUACAAACUGCAGGACAUGACAGAUGUGGAGGUCAUGGCUCGACUUCAGGAGGAGAGUCUCAGGCAGGAGUACAAUGCCUCUACCUCAAACACAGCCAGCCGUCGCAGCUCCACUCAUCUCCAGGCUUUCCGACAUUCCCUGAGACGCAGUGCAUUAGAUCUGGAGGAAGAAGAGGAGGAGGAUGAGGGGUACGACCAGCUCCCCCCUCCUCAGCCUGAACUCUUUCCAGCGGGCUCCAUGCAGAGGACAGGACUGUCCCACUCUCACACCUUCUCCAGUAUCAGAGACUGUAGACGCAGCUUGACCACCUCUCAGUUUUCACUCAGUGGACUCUCCCAGUUCUCUGGUCUCCUCACAGAAUCACAGGCUUCUUACAGAAACAGCACAGACAAGCUACGGAAGAGCAUGCCCAACCUGCUCCGAACUCCCAGCAUGCCCAGUGUUCCCAGUAUGCCCUGCCUGGUUUCCCCUGUCAACCCACCCUCCCACGGCCCCUCCUCCCUGCCAACAAUACCCUCCCUCCGCAGCAGCCAGAGCUUUGACUCCUCCAGUGGACUUGCACGACUCCAGUCCUCCUCCAUUCCUUCUCCAGGAAGCCUCAGCCAGCGAGUCCACAGCGUGACCAACUUCUCUACCGCACCUCGUCACCCUCUGAAAGCAACAGCCUAUGUGAGCCCCACGGUGCAGCAGGGUCCCACCAACACUUCUCUGUCCACUUCCACCAGCCUACACUCCAUCCCCAGCAGCACUGCACUGCCUCAGCCCCUGAAACCCAGCAGCAUUUUGGCUCCGCAGACAUUAAAGUCCAACUCUAACCAGCAGCCCUGUGUCCCUCGCAGCUCCCUCCCUCGUCCUGCCUCCUUCGUGGGAACAGGUGGAGCUCUACGUCCAAGCAAACUCACUCCACCAACACGCAGUUUGCUGACCCCUCCAAAGAGCCUGUCUACACUGAGUGCCCUGAGGGACGGCAGCUGGAAAGAUGGCUGCUACUAAGUCUUCAGGUUACAUAUGUAGCCCUGGUUCACUAAGUGGCACGAGUGAGAAAUAAAUGCUAUGAGAGAACCAAAUUUAAAGAAGUUCCAGUGGUGCACAGGGUAAUGCUGCACAGCAGGAGAGAGAGAGAGUGACUGGUACUGUUUCUUCAAAGCACUUCUUGUUGAUUAAGGACUAAGCAAAGACUGUGAAGAGUAUGGUUCCAGCAGGCUGGAUCUGUACCGACUAUCUGCUGAAGAGACCUGGCAAUACGUAUUCUGUUAAUAAGUUGUUUGAUGUGAACUGAAUCUUAUUUGAUGUGUAUUUUUAUUCAUUUAUAAAAGUUUAAUUUGAAAUUAAAACUUUUUUCCAGUUGAAAUCUUACCAUUAAUAAUCCACAGCUUUUGCACGCGCCUCAAUCAGUUUCAAUGCAAUUUAAUUUGACAACAUUUAUUUUCCCGCCAUUUCAGAGCAUCUUGUCAGAUUUUAAGUCAUUUCCUGUGCCUGUGAAUUUGCAGUAAACUCCUGUCACUUUGGUUGCUGGACCUCAUAGCACUUUUGUUGGAGGAUUAUAAACAAUGUAUUAAGAGGAAAAAUUAUCAGCUUGACUUUAAAUUUAGGUAAGAUAUGACUUAAGUUCAAGUAAGUGUGAUUUAUAAGUGUGUGGCUUAUUUUUCUUUUUCUUUUUAUUAAUGUUUACAAAAAAAUGCUGUGAUUUUCAAUGUUCUUUAUUAAUAACAUAAUCGCUGCAAUCAUAUUGCACACUGAGCCCAGAGGCUCUUGGUGGAUGAUAAGAAAAUAAAGAGGAGGUGAAUUUUUAACCAAAUAAACACCUUUAAAAA